UAUUGGUAUAACAUAGAUCCGUGCAUCUCUCACUCACUUAGGAAUAUCAUAUUUUAUCUUCUUCAUCUCACUAGUUAUAAGAGGGAGAUUUUAUCUCAGCCAAUCCGACGGCUGAUAUAUCAUGCCCACUGAAAAAAUAGGGAGAGGCGUCUGGUGCGCCAGCUCCAUGCUUCUCUCGCCCUAGACGCAGGCUAGAAUUCCAAUCUUCCAGCCCUCGAGUCAUUCUUGAGAGAGAACCGGGGGGAAGAGAAGAGAAGAGCAAGGAUGCUGAGGUUUUUGUCGAAGGUGCGGAUCGAGUGCAAUCCGCUGGACCCGCGGAAGACGGCGUGCAUGGAGCUGCUGGCGCAGUGCAACGCGCGCAAGGCCAAGGAGACGAACCCGGCGUGCCAGGUCGAGCUGCACCGCCGCACCGACGACCACCCACCGCAGGUCGUCGUCACCUAUAUCAACGGCGUCGAGGAGGCCAUCGACGCUGCCUCCACCCCGGCCCAGACCAUCCGCCAGCGCAUCCUCGACCGCGGCCAGCUUCUCGAGACCGAGCAGAUGUUCCGCGACGCCGGCGAGCCAUGGCCUGUCGUCAUCCCUGAGGACGAGCUCCACCAGAGCUUCCCGGGAAUCAAGUUUGUUAUCAGAAAUUUGACAAGGUGCUGAUUUCAUCCUAGUUUGAGGUGGGAUUCUCAAGUUCAUAUUCUCUAUAACUUGUUUUAUUAUUUCUCAGAUUCCUUAAGCCAUGGAUUUUGAUGGAAUAUAGAAAAUUAACCAGAGAACAGUAGAAGUAUACUUGUUAUUUUCACAAAUUUCACAGCCCCUUUGAGUGAGACCAGCUAACCUGGUGUGGCGCAGGAACCAGUUGUGCUGCCUUAAAUAUAUAUUUCUCGAUAUUAAAGUCUGAUGUGUUGAACUACCUAUGGAAGGAAAAUGCAAAAAUAUCUGGAAUUUGAUCACCUGUUCUUGACGGAGGUUCAAGAAAAAUGGUAUUUGUCAUGUGUCAGUUUUUAGAAAAUGUAGGAAUGGAGAUCUCACAGGCUUGGAGGCUUCACAAUAUGUUCGGUAAGCGGCUUGUCAACUAGAUCUUCUUUUAAAUUGAACAGAAAAAUGGUUAGUGACUUAGCAGUUAGCAUACAUCUCCCAAUACUUUUAUGAGGGAGUAGAGGGUGGUCUCUUCAUAUCUUGGUAUCAGAGAAUGAGCUUGAAUGUACAUCUUCGAGUUAAGAAUAUUCAAGAGGGAUACCUAAACAAUUACAGUGUAAGAUCAAGAAAGAGAAUACUGGCAUGUGCUGAGAACAAAAGGUUAUGAAAAAUGUAAGGUUUAACCACAUUGAAUGCAUCACUUGGAGCUUCGAUAGCUCUUAUGUUAGGCUAGUGGAAUCUAAAAAUUUCAAAGUAACUCGUUUAUGUAUUAUACUGCAAUAUUAUGUUAUUGAUCUCACGUUGGUCUAUAUUAUGUUUGAUAAGGUGAUAGCUGUUUCCAGUUUGGUCAAUAAUAAAUUAACAGAGUUGUUUUAAUAUUAGCAAGAAAAAGGUUCUCAUGAAAAGCAGGUGAAUUGUGCUCUCUACAUCCUUGUGUCUGUCUUGAAAUCCUGUGAUGUUUCUUCAGACUCUAUUUAAUCAGAAUUUCUCUUGUCUUCUAUAAUCCUGUCGCUGGUUGGGCAUCACUGAAGCAGCUAGUUUAGUUUUCAUCAGAAUAGAUAGCAUAUAAAGUAUGCAGAGUUGCUUACCAUAAUUGAUGACGGUAUGCAGCAAAUUGAGCAGUAAGGGGGACCAAGUGCAUCCAUUUCAGCAUUUGUACUUGGGAUUCAAAUGAAAAAGCAAAGCCUAGCUCCAUCAAAUUUUGUGUUUCCUGAUUAAUCAAGCCCCAAACAUAUCACUUAAAGAAUAUCUCAGUUAUAUGUUCUUCAUCGAGCAUGUCUAGAUGCUGUCUCAUUCUAUAGUCUGCCAGAUGUAAAAAUUUCACCCAGAUUAUUCAUUUACCUGUUCAAGCAAUUUUAAUUCUGCCAUUAUUUUUGGUGUUAUUUAAACUAAUUUUGUUAAAGUAACUUUAGAUUUUUUUCAUUCAUUUUGUUCUUUUCCUAAGAAUUAUUGCUAAUAUUAUGCUUCUU